UGUUUCCAUGCACCUGAAGUACAACUGUUUUGUCACCAUGCAAGAUUUUGGAUUUUGCACAAGCUAUUUUAUAUAUUAUUUAUUGCACCUGAAAGGACGCUCAUAUAUAUGUAUAUUGUUUUUAAGGGAACACGGUAAUACGCGUGCACACUGAGAAUAAACAGGAGUUACACCUCAGACUGUUUGCUCAUUGUAUUAAAACGUUGGAAGUGCUGCUCUGCCGAGUGACGUUGGCUUCUGCAGGUGUGCGGUAUUGUUCAGCAACAUGCAGCGUUUAUACAGCAAGCUUCACGAUUAAAACAAGAGAACAAGCAAACAAACAACACACAGAAGUGAAAGUUACACAAAAUGGUCGCAGACAUGACCAGCUUUGAGGAUAUGAAAAAACUUGAAGCAAGUGGCGACGUCUCACCAUCAGAGCAAAAAGACCACGUAGAGAGUGAAGCUUCCACAGAAGAGAGCUCAGAAGAUGAAGAUUCUGAUGAAAGUGCAGCUGAGAAUGAAUUGGAAAAAGAAGAACCAAACGUAGGAAGUUUCAGUUCUGAGCACAGUGCUGAUGGAGAAAGUGAGUUAUCUACUCCAAAAUCAGACUUUUAUAUUAAGCCUAUCUGUGAAAAAUGCAAGGCCAGGCAGAAUCAAUCCUACGAACAAGUAACUCCAAGAAAUAUAUCAAAGGGACGAUUACUCUUAAUACUGGAUAAUGAAGGCUCCUACCAGUGUUCAGUCACAGGUUUGAUGUUCGAAGUUUCAGACAAGGUUAAAAUCACGUAUGCAACGCUGUCCUGGAGCAAGUAUGGAACGUAUUUGAAAGAACCAUGGAAGUUUGUUGGUCCAAUAUUUGACGUGAAAUGUGACCCCACCAUUCUCAAAGCCAUCCACUUUCCCCAUUCACUCUGCUUGGGUGAUCAUGAAAGUGACAUGAAGUUUGGAGUUCUGCACAUUAAGGACAAUGCCCCUGUAAUAGAAUCCUCCUCUGAUCACUCCACUUCCCAUAUUAAAUGGAAUGUCACCUCUCUGUCUCCAGUGGGCCCCAUUGUUCAGACAUCGCAACGCAUAGAACAUCAUGGCGUGGUUCUUGUAUACAAAGUGUUAGACAAUCAUCCCUCUGCAUCAUUUCGUGUAUAUUUAGCUACAAACAACAACUCGGAUGUCAAGGAUAUAUAUAAAGAUGUCAAGCAGUCAAAUAAAAAAUACAUAAAAAUUGAUAAGCCUCCUACCUGUCUGAAACUGCUAGAAGAAAAAAAGAAAUACAGACUAAUCAGUGAGCCAGAAGCAGACAUAACCCCUGAGGAAAUACAGUUCACAUUACAUGCAGUCAGAUUUAAAGGCUACUUUGAGGUUUAUUUUGAACAGCCAGUCCCGUUUAAACUGUCACUGGUAGAAGCUGACUCUGAUCUCACUGUCUGGACUACAACACUGCGAGAAUGUGAUUGGAAUACAAGCAAUUUUAAAGAAACAGCUGUCAAGAGAGCAGAAAAUGGGUUUAAGAGAAAGAGAUCAAGCAGCAGUGAAGAGGAAAACGACAAUAAGAAAUUCAAAUGUGCUGACACAACAGAUGGAUCAAGGUCCAGCAAGAAAUCAUAUAUUACUGAGCAACAGCUUAUGAGAAUUGCAAAGGUUUUUGGUAAAGAGUGGAAACAGCUUGGCAUCAGCUACCUGAAUAUCUCAAAGAACGAUAUCGAUCAGAUUCAAGAAGAAGACAAAGAGGACCUAGCAAUGCAAAAGUUUAACAUGCUUCUGGAAUGGAAAAAGAAGGCAAAGGACAAUGCAACAAUAAAAUACCUCUACUAUAGCCUUCAUGAUCCAGAUGUUCCAUAUGUGGUAAAGAAGCUCCUUCAAGACAUGGUGAAUGAAAUGGAAGAGGAGCCAGUCUCAGGGGCAUUAUGAGCACACGAGAGAAGAAUCAAGCUGCACAUCAUGUAUUCAUUUUGAUUGGAAAUGUGAACUGUUUUUAUACACUUUAACUGGAUCUUUUCUUGUAGGUUUUUAUUCAGUUUAGGCAUAGUUGUCUUCUUGUAAUAUAUACUUUACACUAGCUCCUAAAGGGAUUUGCUAAUAUUUAGUGAUUAAAUAAUGCAGUGUAGUAGUGUAAGAAUGAAGUGCACCAGGACUGCCAAUUAGAGAACCACUGUGAGCGGUGAACUGUCCCCACACUUGUAGAGGGAUAGAAGGGAAAACAUCCAUCAUGACAAAAACAUUUAUUUUUCUUUUUGAUGGCAACAAACCAAUAUCCUGGAGUGAAGUUUUCUGAAGUUUAGAAUUUGCUAUUUUCCAAGGGGAGGAUCUACAGAAGAUUUGAGAGGGUAUAGGAAGUAUAUUGGUAAAUAGUCAAAACAAAGGGAUAGUAACAUUGACAAUCAAAGAACUGAUUUCAGCAAAGGUUUGUUAGCCAUUUCUUAUUAAUGGUUUUCUAGCCACUAAGCGGCUACAUUUGUAUCAAUAGACUGCAUAAUUUUUUUUACUUAUUUUCAGGUAGCAUACAAACUGUAUGCAGCUUUGUGAAGAACACAGCUAUUAGGAUAGAGGAAUGCUGAAUAUUGUUGUCUUUUUACGUAGGUAAAAGAAUAUAUAGAUUGCAAGAUAAUGAUGUACUGUAUUUCAAUAAGCUGGCUUUCUCCUCCCCCACCCCAAACCCCAUGAUCACCAGUAGCAAGUCUAUUCCUGGAAUGAAACUCUCCUGUGGCAUAUAGGAAGGUUCAUUCGUCUUACAAAGCUCAAAAGAGUGUGAGAUUUUGAUGCUGGGAAGACAUUCACAUAGAGGUGUGGCUGUUGGACAAGCCAAGGUCAUAUGCCGAUGGUUUAUAGCUGAGUAAACCACUAUGCUACUUCGGCUUUACCUACGUGCUUAUUGAAAAAGAUGCUGCCACUGUAGGUUUAUGAGCUAAUACAUCUAAACUUGUUUGCUCUUUGGCAGAUAUAAUGGCUACAGUUGGUGUGGAUACUACUGUAAGUGUCCUAUCUGUGGGGUCGAGGGCUAGUUUAAAGUACAAAGCAGAGGUUUGACACUCCUAUACGCCUUCCUAGUCCACCUCCAUCCAGUUUUGGCCCUGUUGAGCAAACCUGACCAACUCCAGACAGGGCAACAGUAUAUUCUUAGUUAUGAUUCAAUGAAUCAAUUUAUGGAUGACAUUCUUCCUUGUUGAUAAUAAACAAUUCUGUAUGAAACUGUUUUUGUUAUUCUUGCUUACUGUCUGAAAUAGUUAAUUUGCAUUUAAACCAUUAUUUAUAACUGGGAAUUCAUUUCCUGUCAGUUUUAAUGUUUGUAAAUGGUUUAUUUUAUAUUGCACCUUGUGGGGAUAUUUUUGCACAGAUGAAAGCCUGUGUUCUUUUUAAGUAAACCCUCUUGCUGUUGAAUAACU